AUGAAUAGGAAUACGACCACCAAUAAGAACACGAACUUAAACACUAGUGGCAGAGGUAACAUAACCAACGAGGGACCUCACCAGAACAAGACAGGAUUGGUAUACUGGACCAAUCCUAAAAAAUCGGGAGCGACGUUUGUCGCGACCCUUGUCAGUUUGCUGAUAUUUAGAAACGUGAAUGUUUUAUCCGUCUUGUUCAGGAUCGGGUAUAUGGUUUUGUUCACGAGCUUUGCUGUAGAGCUUUCCACAAAGGUGCUAUUUGAUCAGGGCAUAGUGUCCAGGUUUGGCAUGCAGGAGUCUCCAGAUAUUGUUGGGAUUUUGAAGCCACGUAUCGACCGCCUGUUAGACCGCUUACCUGCGUUAGAGGACAGGAUCAGAAAAUUAGUGUUUGCACACAGAACAAGAAACAAUUUCACCGUCGCUGUUUCCCUAUACUUCUUGCACAGUCUGUUCGCCAUCUUUUCCAUGAACACAGUUUUAGUGAUGACCACAAUCUUUUUGUACACCGUGCCUUUGAUUUACGACAGAAAGCAGGCCAGAAUCGAUUCCGCUAUUGACAGAAUAAAGGGCCUAGUUGUUCAUAGGGUUCACAAAAAUUACAACAAAGUGGUUGAGAAAACUGAGCCAUAUAUUGACAAAAUUAUUCCACCCCAAACUGACAAAGAUAGCUACUCAACUUCGGUAAGCGGCAAGGACGAUUCUGUUACUCAUAAACGUAACAAGGGCGACUUCUCCACCUCAGGACAUAACAUCAAGGACAACAGCUCGACCUCGCAACGCAGUAAAGACGCCUACUCUACUUCUCAAUACAGUCAAGGCAACUAUCCAACCUCCAAAAGCGAGGAUAUUAGCACUCUUAAAUCUGGCAAACACGAAUCACCUAUAGAAAAGGACUUCAACAAGAGACACGAGAACUUCAGCAAGCCAGAAGUUAAGACCUACGAUCCAAGAGCAGUUGACAUCGAAGAAGAGUUAGCAGCUCAUCAGCGUGAAUUAGAGCAAAAUCUGAAGGAGGGAGAUUAUAACCUAGUUGGAAGUAGGGAAAUUCCGGACCCAAUCACCAUCCCAGCUCCUGCUCAACAGAACGCCACUUCCGCCGAAAAAAAAUCAUUCCCUAUUAACAAGAAUAAUGAGACCCUGCACAAAACCUCUCAUGGCUUGAAGCAAAAAUUGCAGCAUGCAUAA